AAAAGAAGACAGAAAAACAAAGGAAGGUGAUGGGAUUUGCCGAGCCAAAUGAGAAAUAAAACCACUGAAGCUUCCAACGUCAAACCACAACGAUUCCAUCCCCACUUCCAUCGAUAACAAUCAACCACCCUUUGGUCGACCCCACAUCGCCCUCCUCUUUUUAUUCCCACUUGAUGCUCCUGACAGGAGGAGGAAGAGGAUGGGCAACGUCAUCGGCGGGAAGAAGAGAAGAACAGCCAAGGUGGUGAAGCUGGAUGGCACCACCAUCCGGCUCAAACUCCCGACUCAGGCCGGGGACGUGCUCCGGGAUCACCCGGAGCACACCCUCCUUGAGGCCGAGGAGGUAAAGCGGCUGGGCGUCCGGGCCCAGCCGCUUGACCCGGACCAGGCCAUUAAGCCGCGGAAGCUCUACGUCCUGGUAGAGCUUCCCCGGCUCCAGGAGCGGCGGCUCCCCAGGAGGGCCUGGUCCGGGGCCAUCCACAUGAGUGCCAAGGACCGGUUGGAGAGCCUUAUGCUCUCACGCCGGUCCGCUUCGGACCUCACCCUCGCCAAGCCCUCGGUGGAGACCGUCGGCGAGGGAGGCGUCCGCAUCCGGAUGAGGCUUCCCAAGGCCCAGGUGGCCAAGCUUGUCGAGGAGAGCAGUGACAGCAGCGAGGCAGCCGAGAAAAUCGUGGCUCUCUGUGCGGCGAAUGGGGCAGAGACGAGCGCUGGGAGUACCGUGGAGCGGCCCAGGGAGAAACGAACAAGAUUUGUGUCAAAGGUUGAUGAGAUAAGGGGAUAAAUCCCAGGAUCAUGAGACAUCUUUGAGCUACAGGAAUGUAGAAGAGGCAGCCUAAUGGCGCAAUUCAAUCAUUUACACAGCAUGUGGGUUGAGAAGGAGAAGCUUCCUACCACCCGCAAUUGUUGCUCGUAUUCUUGUUGCUAGUCAUGUGCUACACUGUGAGGAUUUUUAAUGAUUAAGAGGCAAGGUGCAAACCUUGUGAGGAGUUACAUAAACUGGAUGUCAUAGUCUUCUUUUUUUCUCUUUUCUGUAAAUAGUAUUAUAACCAGUCAUUCAAAAGCAUUGCAACCA